AUGGGCUUUUACUCAGGGGUGGCAGUAGUUGUCUUGGUUAUACUUAAUCUGCUUGAUGUUAAUUGUGAAAUUCCGACAACCCUUGACGGUCCCUUCAAGCCUGUGACUGUUCCUUUGGAUAAAAGUUUCAGGGGAAAUGCAAUAGAUUUGCCAGACACGGAUCCUAGGUUGCAAAGGAGUGUUACAGGGCUUCAGCCUGAGCAAAUUUCUGUCUCUCUUUCUUCAACUCACGAUUCAGUUUGGAUUUCUUGGAUUACAGGGGAAUUCCAAAUUUGCGACAACAUUAAACCAUUGGAUCCGAAAACUGUUGCGAGUGUUAUACAUUAUGGGAAGCUAAGGUUUCCUAUGAUUCACAAAGCAACUGGCCAUUCUCUUGUUUAUAGUCAAAUGUAUCCUUUUGAAGGUCUUCGGAAUUACACUUCUGGAAUUAUCCAUCAUGUUCGUCUUACAGGGUUGGACCCCAACACAUUAUACUACUAUAGAUGUGGAGAUCCUUCAAUACCAUCAAUGAGUGAUAUCUAUUCCUUCAAGACAAUGCCGGUUUCGGGUCCGCGGAGUUAUCCGAGUAGAGUAGCUAUGGUAGGGGAUCUCGGUCUCACUUACAAUUCUUCUUCAACAAUCAACCAUUUGACGAGAAACAAACCAGAUCUAGUUCUGAUGGUCGGAGACUUGUCCUAUGCUAACUUAUAUCUUACAAACGGUACCAGUUCAGAUUGCUAUUCUUGCUCUUUUCCAGAUACUCCUAUACACGAGACCUAUCAGCCUCGUUGGGAUUAUUGGGGAAGAUUUAUGCAGCCACUGGUUUCUAAAGUUCCAAUAAUGAUGGUACAAGGGAACCAUGAAAUUGAAUUGCAAGCUCAAAAUCGGACUUUUGCAUCCUACAGUUCUCGAUAUGCAUUUCCCUAUAAAGAAAGUGGAUCUUCAUCUCCUUUCUACUAUUCUUUCAAUUCCGGGGGCAUACAUUUUGUAGUGCUUGGUGGAUAUACUAAAUAUUGCAAAACAGCUGAUCAAUAUAAAUGGCUGCAAAAGGAUCUGGCUUAUGUUAACAGAGAAGUUACUCCAUGGUUGGUAGCUACAUGGCAUCCACCCUGGUACAGCAGUUAUACGGCGCACUAUAGAGAAGCCGAAUGUAUGAUGGUAGCGAUGGAAGAUCUACUGUAUUCGUACGGAGUGGACAUAGUCUUUAAUGGACAUGUCCAUGCCUAUGAGAGGUCGAACAGAGUUUAUAACUAUACCUUGGAUCCUUGUGGUCCUGUAUACAUUACAGUUGGAGAUGGAGGGAAUAGAGAGAAGAUGUCAAUUACACAUGCUGACGAGCCAGGUAAAUGUCCCAAACCAUCCUCCACACCAGAUGCAUUUAUGGGUGGAUUCUGCGCCUACAACUUCACAUCUGGUCCAGCAGCUGGUAAGUUUUGUUGGGAUCAACAGCCUGAAUAUAGUGCAUACAGGGAAAGCAGCUUUGGCCAUGGAAUUCUAGAGGUUAAAAAUGAGACACAUGCUCUUUGGACAUGGCAUCGGAAUCAGGACAUGUACAACAAAGCUGGAGAUCAGAUUUAUAUAGUAAGACAGCCCAAAAGAUGUCCAGUCGAACCAGAGGGUUUACUCUAG